AUGUUGAUGAACGCAGAGCUAAAUGGUCUUAGUGGCCCUCCUCCCGCGAGCGCAUCGGAUAUCGCUAGACUACCUAGAGCUACCCUUUCUCAAUCUGACCUCGUAAAUUACGAUGUGUGCUCUAUAUGCCUGGAGAAAUACAAGGUGAACGAGGAAAUCAAUACAUUGCCAUGCGCACAUACCUUCCACUCGCCCUGCUUAGCUACCUGGUUACACCAGAUUGUUGAUGACGCGUACUUCUCGUUAAUCGUUCUACGCAAGGAUUUUAUUCCUUCUUGUAGAAAGGCAGUUGUCCUAUUUGUCGAAAAGAUUUGGAUGGGCGCGACACCUCCUAGGAUUCGUAUAACAGCGAAUCUGCCUUUUCAGCAACUGAGUUCCAAAUAA